AUGGCGGCAGCUGCGUCGGCGGCUGCGGGUGAUGAUGGCCAGCGGCAGCCGGGGGUCGCACUGGACCCCCAGUCCCAAAAGGGGGCAAAGGCUGAGCCCGAAUCCGGGGAGCUCUGCAGACUGCGAGCCGAGCUGGCGGGCGCCCUGGCCGAAAUGGAGACCAUGAAGGCAGUGGCGGAGGUAAGCGAGAGCACGAAGGCCGAGGCCGUGGCAGCAGUGCGGCGGCAGUGCCAAGAAGAGGUGGCCUCUCUGCAAGCCAUCCUGAAAGACUCCAUCGGCAGCUACGAAGGCCGGAUCGCCUCUCUGAAGCAGGAGCGGCAGCAACAGCAGCAGGACUGUCAGGAGAAGGAGCGGGAGCUGGGCCGGCUGAAGCAGCUGCUGUCCCGUGCUCACCCCCUGGACUCCUUGGAGAAGCAGAUGGAAAAGGCCCACGAGGACUCAGAGAAACUGCGGGAGAUUGUACUGCCCAUGGAGCAGGAGAUCGAGGAGCUGAAGGCGAAGCUGCUGAGGGCGGAAGAGCUGAUUCACGAGAUCCAAAGACGGCCCCGGCAACCCCCUUCCCUGCACGGCUCCACGGAGUUGCUGUCCUUGUCCCGGGACCCGUCUCCCCCACUGGAGCCUUUGGAGGAGCUGAGUGGAGACGGGGGUGCAGCAGCUGAGGCCUUUGCCCACAACUGUGACGACAGUGCCUCCAUCUCCUCCUUCUCCCUUGGCGGCGGGGCCAGCAGCAGCACUUCCCUACCCCAUGGUCGCCAGGGCCUGAGCCCUGAGCAGGAAGAGACAGCCUCCCUGGUAUCCACGGGCACCCUGGUCCCUGAGGGCAUCUACCUGCCCCCUCCUGGCUACCAGCUUGUCCCAGACAACCAGUGGGAGCAGCUGCAGAUAGAGAGGCGGCAGCUGCAGAAGGACCUCGAGAGUCUGAGCCGUGAGCGGGAUGAGCUACAAGAAGGCCUGACACGCAGCAAUGAGGAUUGUACUAAGCAGAUGCAGGUGCUCCUGGCCCAAGUCCAGAACUCAGAGCAGCUGCUGCGGACCCUGCAGGGGACCAUGAGCCAGGCCCAAGAACGGGUUCAGCUACAGAUGGCAGAGCUGGUCACCUCCCAUAAGUGCCUGAGUCAUGAAGUGAAGCGGCUGAAUGAGGAGAACCAAGGGCUCCGGGCAGAGCAGCCUCCAUCAGGAGGCUCCCAAGGCCUGACGCAGGAAGACAAUGGGAAAGAGGCACUGCCGGGCUCAGUAUCGGAGCUACAGCAGCUGGUGCGAUGCACGCGGCAGGAGACGCGGGUUCGUCAGCAAGCCUGGGAGCAUGAGGCUGAACGCCUGCGCAUUGAGAUUGUAACGUUACGGGAGGCACUGGAGGAGGAAACAGCAACCAGGGCCAGCCUGGAGGGGCAGUUGAGGGUGCAGCGGGAGGAGACAGAGGUGUUAGAGGCUUCACUGUGCAGCCUGAGGACAGAGCUAGAGCGAGUCCAGCAGGAACAAAGCAAGGCUCCACUGACCGACCUCAUCUCAGAACAGAGGGCCAAGGUGCUGCGGCUGCAGGCGGAGCUGGAGACCAGUGAGCAGGUGCAGCGGGAUUUCGUACGUCUGUCCCAGGCCCUGCAGAUGCGCCUAGAACGGAUCCGCCAGGCAGAGAAUCUGGAGCAAGUGCACAGCGUCCUGGAUGAGGCACCCCUCAGGGACGUUAGGGACAUCCAGGACACCUGA